AUGGCGUGUCCAAAAAGCGUUGGAGCGCAACCAAGAUCGCGAGGUCAAAGCAUUGAUGCGGCAUUCCUGUUUAGUCGCAAACUAAGUUUGAAUUCCGAAAUGCAAAGUUUAACUCGUCCAGGUGUGUCUGGUGAGGAACUUUCUAAGCUUUUGAAGAGGCUUCGUCGAAAGUCCUGCGCGGCUGACUCGAACCGAAAGAGCUCUCCAAACGCUGAUGACAAGAGAGCUGUUUUCUCGAGGGAAAUUCGCGAUCGUUGCUCGUCACUAAGUCCCAGAUAUAACGGAUAUCAACUUGACAGUCGCAAAGUUGGCCAAUGGGAUGUGAAAGCUAGUGUGCCGAAGAGAUGGCUGAAAGAAUAUGAGAGAAAACAGGUAGGUUUUCCUCAAAAAGAAAGGUGAUUGGACCGAAAGACUUCGCGUUUCGAGGUAUCCAGUGUAACGGUAUCUAACAACAAGAUAAUGCAGAACUCAGUAGGAAGCCCGGGCAACAUUAUUACAAUAUAGACAGUGAUAUGCGUUCAUUUUUAUUGCAACAGUCCCAAAAGUGUCCAUAUUUGCUGGGUGUAAUAAGAAUUUUGAAUUCCUUAUGUUAUUAUUUUAUAAAAAAAAAUAUGAAAGAUUUCAUGUAAAUGAUCACACCACAGGACUCCAUGUUCAUACACAUUUAAUGAAGAAGUACAAAAGUUUUUUAAAAGUUUUCUCCGUUGACUACAAUGCAAAGGUUAUUUACUGGCAAACGAAAACGCCAUUAACAGCUAGAAGAUAUAAUGAACACCUUUUACAGGCCAAAGCUAACAUAGCCUAACAUUUUAAGCCUAUGUUCUUUAAUCGCAUUCGCUUAAUAAGUAAUGAUUCUCUUGAAUUUCUGUCAAUUAAGUUCGCGUGACUAACUGGUGUUUUUACCUAAUAUUCUUCAUGGGUAUCUGAGUAAUAUUUGCACUAGUGUAGAGAGUUAACUGUUUCUUAAAACCCCUUAAAAGAGUUACAGUGUGGCGGUGUUUGCGCGAUGAUAAUCAGCCGAUAUAGUCGACAACGAUCAGCAAUCUGGCACGUUUUAGUCGUGAUCUAAAUGUACCUGAUUUGAAUAAAUUUUUUUUGCGGUCAGGUUGCGAGCAAAAGGGAUGGAUUUGUAAGAUUCUUGAAAUAAUUGUUUCGCAUGGUUGUAUGAUUUAAAUGAUGGGAAAAAAAAAGAAGUGCAAAGGAUGAAAAAAGUACACCGUGGAGGAUUUAAAACCCAUCGUCAAUCCCGAUACUUUUUCCGUUAAAUUUUGAUCUUUGGUAAAACGAGUGAGAGAAGAUAUAAUUUUUAUAUUCUCAACACAAAAUUCAAUGGAGUCUCGGGUCACUGUCUCCCCUUAUUUAAGGUCAUUUAAUAACGUCACACGACCUUCUUUUUUUAGCAAAGCAUAUAUGACUAGUUAGCAAUCUAGUUGAAAAGAGGUCAUCGUUUAUUGCUCGUAAAAAAUGAGAAACUCGUCUGUAUAAUAUAAGUUAAAGAGAGCCCGCUUUGACGUUCCACGAGAGCUGGGGUUUAUGGGGUCGUGGUUCUUUAUUUAUAGUACGAUCUUUAUAUAAAAUCAACAAAGAAAAGUUGAGUAUUAAAUCAUCAUUACAAAUCUUUUAACGAGUUUAAGAGUGGAAGAAAGAGAGUGUAAACAUAUUGAGCCAAUCAAUGUUGACACUGGCGGUAAAAUCCUUAAUUCUUGGCGCCACGGAAGCCGCCCGCACAUAUUGACAUAGCGAUUUGUUUUAAUGCAAGCCCGGCCGGAAAAAAUUUUCUGCUGGUUCCUUUUGAAAUUUAAACAUUUUAGAAUAAAAAAGUGAAGGUCGAAGAGGGAAAUUUAUUUCUCAGUAUUACGGCUUGCGAUUGGCUGACAAAUCUGUGACACUUUUCCGACCAAUCAGAACUGAGUGCCAAUUCUGACUCUUGCUCGCACGAUUUUCCCGCGCUGACUUAGUGCGAGGUGUUCCGGUUCAAAGAUGAAACUUUUCAUUCACAGAGUAUUAGCGGGUAUUAGGAAACCAUCUAACUUUUGAUUUUUCUCUACGAAAUCCUCUGACGUGACUAUGCAAACGACAAAUAUCGUCUUUCUCGAAUUCUUAGGUUCAAUUGGCAGUAUCAUGAAGUUAUAAAUUUUGUACACUUUACUCUUAACUGACCUUACUGAGUCUGUUUCUUCUCUCGGCUAGUAAUGGCCAUUUCUAACUUGACUACUUUUCUUUUGAUAUCUAGAAGAUUGUGGUUUCAACCAUUUUAAUCCCAAACUUGGUCAUUAAUGUACUCUCAGUACCUCCUUAAGCUUGAUCAACUGAUUUGUGUUUUUGGCUCUUUUUCUGACCAUAGGCAGACCGUCGUAAGGAAAGACAAAAGAAACUUAAGGUUUGUAACUUAAUUUUUACGUAACAGUGGUACAGUACAGUCCUGGACGCACAGAAAAGGAACCGGGAAUUACUUAAACAGUGCAUAGGUCUGUUAAUCGGGAUUUCAAGGAGUUGUUCGGUAAGGCUUAAACUGGUUGCCAUUGAGAACGUUCUCAAGGUGCCCGCACGCGAAAUAACCGUUAAAAGUCACCACAAGAGAGACACCACGAUUCAGUUCAAACCCGUUUAAUUUGCCAAAUCACGGCAAGUAAAUUUUCCUAGGGUCGAAUUAAUAGGCAACAUCCAAGUUCAAAAAGAGAAAUGGGAAAACAUUUCCUUAAAUCGCAAUGCAAGGUGCAGAGAUCUUUUGCUUUAAGUGGGAAGUCUGGUUAAAAGCAUUAUUUUUCCUUGAUUUCCACCCUUUUUCUUAAAUAUGUAGCCAAGAUUUCAAUCAAUGAAAAAAUGACUCAAUUAAGAAACAGUCUUUAGUUCAAUAAUUAUUUGUGAAUUUUUGGAUGGUUUUUGGAAUGUUUUUGAUGGGUAAAAUUUAGUGGGGGAGAUGUUUGAAAUUUGGGGAAAAAUGGAAAAUAUUGGAAAAGGGGUUGUUAAAAAUUGAGAUAUGAAGUGAAUAAUUAGUAGAAAAUUGCCAGAUAGUUCACCACCACAGCAAGGUGCCUCCGAUCCCAUUAGUGGACGAACUGGUUUAUGUGUAUACCUAUUCCACUCCGUGAUAUAUUCCUUCCCAAUCAACAUCAUUUCCCCCACAUUUUAACCAGUCUCCCCCCUUAAAAGAAACUUGUCUUUCAGGAGAGGAGCUGUCUCAUAGGACACUCUUACGCUAAAGGUUAAGCAGCUGGCGGCUUCUUAAGCUACAUUUUAAGUGCAAGACCAUCACCAUGUAACAAUGAUGUAUGAUGUUAGAAAACAUUAGGGAAGAGUUUAUCAACGACAUCACCAUAAUUGAGUUGGUAAUCUUUAUAAUUAGAGUGAGCUUUCUUCUUAUUUAUUUACUAUUAUUUUCUUAGCCUCUGGAUCGAUUUAGGCGCGCUGUAAAGCUAGUAAGUACAAAUAUAUUUCCUUCUUGCAACUGAGUAUCAUUUACCUGUGUGUUGUCACGAAAAACAGAACAAUUGCUCACUGACCAAUCACAAUUCACCAUUAUGGAUCCAUACAACUCAAUGAACCAAUCAGAGAGCCUGUUAAGAGGCAGUUAUUUGGGUUGUUACCCAACUGUCCGCACAAGGAGGCCGAACAUCGCGUGAAGCGUGGCGACUCGAAUAAAGGCUGCGUACAAGACUACCAACCAGAAAGCAAAGCAAAUAUAUCUGUGCCCUGCGUGUAGUGAAGCCAGGGAAGGAGGAAAAAGACAGCGAGCGAAAUCGAAAUGAAAAUGAAAAGCAAAAUUAUUACUUUGGCUUUUUACUUUUUGCGCAAAAGUAAAACAAAUAUUAUCAGUUCCGUGAGCCCAUGUCGGUUCUUAUAUUAAGCUACAUACAAACGGACGCGUGAGAAACAAUGUUGGGAGUUGUUGCGUCUGUGUUGGCGAUGGUUUGCAAACGGAUGCAAGAACUCCUAUCAGUGUUGGGACCUGUAGUGCAUCGUGCGAAGGAUACAACCUAUAAGACUUUGCAAACCAUGUGUAAUGUGCGCGCAUUGCCCCAACACAAUCUUGGAGCCCAGAAGAAGCUACCAGGACCAUGACUAUUCAAUGAUUUUUCCAUGACAACAAUACUACUUAAUCUGUAGUUUUUCCUGUUAACAAUUUGGCCAACAGUUUUAUAAACAUUGGUCAAGAAUCGUAGACCUACGGCUUCGUCCGACCUCGCUGACGAAGAAUGUAAAUGGCCAAAAAUGGAAUAAAUAUCCUUGAUAUUAGCUGCGUGUCUUAACGUGUUACAGCAACACAAAUUUCUAAUCAAUCAGCGCGUAAGGCUUUUCGCGUUUUCUAACUUAUUCAACAUGACCUAGAUUCCCGAUCAUGAACUUAUCAACCUUUAAGCCUCAAGAUCCACAUACCAAUUCUCCUGAUCUCCAUACAUUUCUUUUACGAAUAGUGGAAAAAAUUUGGUUUAAGAUCGAAGCGAUGUCCCUUUGAUAAUCAAUUUAGUAAUUCUCAUAACCUUUACUCUUGAUGAUCUGCUGAUGCUGUUGGGAGAAAAUUAAUGUUGGUCACUCUUGGGACUUAGAGGGUUAAAUCUUAUGACUCGUAUAAUUAUAUUUCAGAUACAGACUUGCAACAAAGCCUUUCGAUGCAUUGUGCAUUACGCAAAGGAGAAAGGUCAACAUGAGCAAGUCCAAUCUGACGUCACUGUGAGUCUAAAGACCGCUACUGCAAAGGGUGCUGUGGAGAAUUUAAUGUUUGAUCCGGAACGUUACAAAUGCCACCAUGAGGUAUUACUUACUUGGGCUUUCUUGUUAGAUAGCCUUGCUUGCAACAUUAUUACUCUGGCUUAUUACUCUGCGCAAAAGUAAAACAAAUAUAAUCAGUUCCAGGAGCUCAGUAUAGUGGGAAAAAUGUGAAAUUUAAGAAAAGCGAUUACAAUUUUGUUGUUUCUUGUCCUGGCCCGGGUUGUUCAAAAGACGGAUAGCGCUAUCCAUCAGAUAAAUCGCUAUCCAGUGGAUAAGUAUUUGGGAAACCAAUUGCGCUAUUCACUGGAUAAAGAUUUAUCCGGUGGAUAACGUUAUCCACCUUUUGAACAACCGCUACCUGGAAAUUAAUGGCAUGAUGCCCUGUGCAAAAUAUAUUGUCCAAGAGGUUUUAUUCGAAUGGUUACACCAUAGAAUUUUGUUAUGAGAUUCUGAAGUUAAAAUCGCCUUAAACAUCGAUCUAGUCUCUACACAGACUUUUUUUAUUUUUCUUUCGGUUUUUUCGAAAAGAUCGGUGAGCGCGCGAGAGCAAGCUCGGAACGCGAGAAUGAAAAAUAUAUAACGUCUAUUUUCUUCCUCCCCUACCCCUACCCCGCGGAUUUGUUUUUUAUUACGCGCGCUCGACGGACUUUGAAGAGAAAAAAGGGGCCUUUGAACAGGGUAACGUCAAUCGAAAUAGGGAAGUUCUGCUCUGUAGCUUUCAUUUGAAUGGUCACACUUAAGCAUUUUAUCGUCAGACUCAAAAGUUAGAACCACACUUUGCGUCUUAAUUAUCAACUUUGGAACAAUAGGGAAUUAUUCUCUUGCUUUGGAAAUAAUAGAGAGGCUUUGAGGAGUUACUUUUCUUCAAUUGAUGUUAAUUAACAAUUAUUCCUCGAGCCCGAAUGGGCUCUGAGUCAAUAGCCCAUGAGGCCGAAGUCCGAAUGGGCUAUUGACUCAGAGGCCUUGAGGGCGAGAGGAAUAAUUGUUCUAGUAAAAUCCAACUAUUUGGUCAAAAAUAUCGAGAAUAAAAUACUUUUAGCUAUUUAAUCUUUUUUUGCCGCCAAAAAGCCCGCGCUUUUCGCUUUUAGUGGGCUAUAACAAAUAGCCUAGUAGUAGCUCAACCAAUCAGAACGCAGCAUUGAUAAUAAACCACUAGUUGGAUUUUACUAAAUAGCUUUAGCUAGCGCGUAGGUUUUUUCAGUAACAAUAUACUCCUUUUCAUUUUUAUCCUUUCCAUUUGACCUCCUUUUGAACUAUAGUUUGUGAUGCCACUAUGGGCCAAAGAAAUUGCCAGCAAGGAACCCUCGUCCAGAACACCGCAAGAAAGUCACUCAAUUAUGCAACUCAUGAAGCAGCUGAAAGGAUUUCGCCGAUACAGUUCUAAAAUACAGGAAGCAGUUUGUAAAGCGCUUAAAUAUGACUGGUAGGACUCACAGAAUAUCAACUAGGGUCUGGAGAGCGUGUCCUGAUCUCGCAGUCCCUCUCAAUUUGCACGAGAAUCCCGUGACGAUUCCGUACUUCUGUCAUCGCUAUCCCGAACAUCAUUUUCUUUCCCAAUCCCGCAUCCGUGGCCAAAUUUUGGCAAAUCCUUCCUUACCGUAACUGUCAAAUGCCGUUAAUUUACCCGAAUCCGGCACUAUAUUGUGGUCAAAUCCCGGAUCACCGAAAAACCCCUCCCGUCCCUGCUUAGCCAUUCUGCGGUUACGCGAUGGAUUGAGUCGGUGUUGUCUCGAAUGGCACUAUGGAACUGUUUUGGGGGAAGGAACUCGACCCAGGGGCCCUUUUCUCGAACGUCCCGGACUAAUUUACGGGGCCGAAAUCAAAUAUUCGAAUCAAAAUCUAAAGAAAAAGAGAGCAGGCCCCGGCUGAAAACUCGAGACAACAGAACAGACCCGUAAAUUACCGGGACUUUCCAGAAACGGGCCCCAUUUUGGCGCGCAACCUCGUAAUAGCCAAUAGAAGAGAAAUCUUGUCCCCAGAGCCUACGUUACUUUUGUCCAGCGGAUGGGGUAGCGGACGCUCUUGUUUUUUACAAGCCAAUCAGAGGCGGCCUAAUUUGCAUUCUUCCAGAGGUGAGUGAUCCCCGUCACUGUACAAAAGGAUCGCGGCCUCUGGGAACGAGGUUGAUAGAAGAGGCGAUAGUGUCCACCAAACAUUCCCAUAGUGCAGUUCGACAUAACAGAUGGUGUUUCACCUCUUUGAUUGGUUUGAUUUUUUCUUUACAGUUUUGGUAGACGGAGAGUGGUUAUUCGAAAAGGUCACGUGGCCCAGCGUUUUUACUUCAUUUUCAGUGGUUCAGUUUGUGUUACUGCGGAUGAUGACCAACACAGUGCCUUUGCCAAACCUACGGACAAUGCUGUGCUCAAGAGAGGGGACUAUUUUGGGGUAUGUGUGUGAUCAAUGAAGCUCAUUCUGAACAUAAAGGCGUUGUUGGGGGGAAGGGGUGAGGAAAGGGAGGGGGAAUGCUCGUAGGUGCAAAGACCGAUCCUUGCUUCACAGCUUCAUAGGACAAGGGAAAACUUCUCAGGAUGGAUUGACGUUAUAGACCACAAGUGGUCUUCCUUCUUUCCUCAAGCCCUCGCGUGUCGACUGAAAAAGUAGAAUUAUGCGAUUUAAUGGUAAAAAGGAGGGGAGAUCGAGAUAUUUUUUCGUCGCUCAGUCUUCCGCCUUGAAAUCUCGCCGCUUCGCCGCUUUCCUCUCACGCGUGCUCUCGAUCUACUUUGACUCAAGAAAACAAUAAGAGACUGCUCGCAGUCUAGAUUGCUUGCUCCUCGAGUUUUUAGGGCAAGUCAGCCACAGGCACGUAUGUUUUAGUACCAUUGUUAGUAUUAAAGCGCAAUCUGUCCCGGUCAAUGGCAAUUUCUUCUCCGCGGUGUUUUUAUCGCUGACGUUUAAUGCGCUAAAAGAUAUUUUUAGAGUGAUUUGAAACGCUUCUCUUGUCUUCCAUUGGAUCGCUCUGUAUGCACUAGUCUGCUACACAGCCGUUCUUAGUGUCGUCACGCAACGCUCCUCCCCACUAACGCCGUUAGUGGGGAGGAGCGUUGCGUGACGAAACUAAAAACAGCUGUGUAGCAGACUAUGUAUGCACUGGCUCAACUUAGUCUACAAAUGGCCUGUCUUCUGUACCCUCAGCCAGCUCAGAGGACAAUGCUAUAUCUGAUUAUUGUUUUCCCGAAUCAUUAACGCUAUAUAGCUGACACUGAAUAAAAUCUACUUUUGCGUUUCAGGAACUAGCGUUUAUAAGAGGCAUAGAAAGGUCCGCAACUGUGGUUUGUUUAGAAAGAACUGAGUUGCUAUCGGUGGAAAAACAAGACUUCUUCUCCGCCAAGAUUGAUCAAUGUUUUAACGCUGACAUGCAAAGACGGGUGGAGUAUCUCAAGUAAGAAAAAACUGAGUUCGAUGUAUUAAAUUCUUGGUAGACUGCUUGCAAUUCGACUUUUCUCCUAGAUCCGUCGAGGUCUUGAACAGUGAGCGCGUGGGGCCAAAAAAAGCCCUCGUUUCUCUUGGCUCACGGCUUCGCCGCUUGUCCCUUCCGCAUGCUACCUGAGGAACUUUGAAGAAAAUAAAAAAUUCCUCUCAGUAUACUUUCUUGACGCGCGAAGUUUCAUCACGAUCUGAGAUUUUUGUCUGUCAUCCAAGCUUCCUAUCCUUAUUUCUGAGGAAAACGUUGCAGACUUUUCUUUUUAUUAGCAGUUUAUAGCUAGAUCGACUUUAAAAAACCCUUCUUUCCGCCAGAGAACAUCAGGUGUUUAGCACAUGGCCUGAUGACGUGGUGAGGAAAGUUGCCGAGGAGAGCAGAUUGCAGGACUACAACAGCGAUGAAGUCAUUGUUCGCGAUUCUUCGGAUCUACACUGGAUUAUUUUUAUUACGAAGGUAAAUUUUACUCCUUAAAGUGCUUACGUUUGCAUUUGCUUUCAAAAAUCGGAACAAUGUAGGAGAACGUCAUCUCAAGCGGCUCAUAAAAAGGUGAAGAACAAAUGAGGUUAUUUCCGCCCCACAAACAGAGCAGACUUAGUAGGAGCAUUUCAACUUAAUACUACUGCCAGGUUUUAACCAAAGUUUGUACCAUUGCAUAAUUGUUAUUGUUAUAUAGUUGGAAAUUUUUCCCAACAGCGCACGCUCUCAUCGGUUACUUCGAGGUCACAUGACAUAUAACAAUGAAACUGUUUCCCGCCAAAAUCUCUCAGCAGGCAGCAUUGCAAAAUAUAUGACGUCAUAGGGUAGCAGUGCACUGUUACCCGCGAAUGUUAACCGACGAUCGCCGUUACAGCGAGGUUUAAUGAAUUUCCAGCUUCAAAAUUCCCUGCUAUGUAACAAAUCACUUGAAGACUGGUCCCUCGGGAAACAGUUAAUUGUGUUUUUCUCAAAUCUCAAUGUUUCCCGGGAAAAAAAUUCAAUGUUUCCGGAGGGGCCAAUUAAGUGUUUAUUAGUUUCCAUUUAAUCGAAAAAAAGAUGCAUUGCUCCGUAACGGUGCUUUUGCUUGUGCAUAAUUUUUAUUCAAUGAUUAUGGUCUUUUUUUAACAAAAAUGAGUUCUUAUUUUUUUUGCUUGUGAAGGGUCAAUGCGAUGUCUUGAGGCUGUUAGACCUUGGUAAUUGCAAGGAUUACAUAGAACACGCCGCAAAAUACAGGAUGGAUAAAAUAAAAGAUGACACUCCAGCAACUUACAGACCCAAAGCAAACGAUAUAUCAUUAAGCUCAAUUGUAUUACAAAGAUUUACGCCCGGAAGUACGAGCCUUGAAUAUCACCUGGCAACAGCUUCGACUGAAAAGAAGUCCGCUUCGUGUGUAGACGCACAAGCCGAAUCUCGGCAAGUAAACUCAGCGGAGAAGUCGGCGGAAAAAGCCUCGGUCAAAGGAAUCUUACACUCGGAAAAAUCGAAGGGAAAGUUAAGGAAAGGGCAUGUGAGCUUCCGUGUUGAAGGUCAACAGGACUUUAAUAACAAAAAGGAGCAGAGUGCGUCUUCAGAACCUCUUCGAGUUCCUGAUUUCACGGAUAAGGAGAAAGAGAUGGGAGUGGAUAAAGGACUUGUUGAAGAGCGAGUGGAUGGUAAUGUUGGUGUUGGAGUAUAUAUGAUGGUAGACCGACUCAGGCCUGGACAGGUGUUUGUAAGUACUGCCUAGCGUUGUGCAACAUUGUUGUGACAUUGGCUUGAACUGUCACGACAUUGUUUCAGUUUUGUCGCCCGAAAAAUCGUUGUUGCGAAUCGUCUCGUGUAACAUUACCUUAUAAAGCAAUCCAUUAAAGAUUACGUCUUACGUUUUCCUUGUUUCUCUUGUAGGGUUCGUGGUGUUUAUUAGAUCAAGAUGAUGCAUGUAUUAUUCCUAUUCCUCCGUUACAACACGUCAGAGGUAACCCUUAUCAGCUUAAAAAUGACAGCAGCAACAAGCUACUCAACAAAAAGAAAAAACCGAAAGAAAGACGAUUUAUCCUGGUCAGCGGAGGCUGCGAGGUCAUCAAAGUAGCAAAAGACGUUUUUCAGAAGUAUUCCGACGAGGCAACUGUUGAAAAGAUGAGAAAACUAACAACUACAUAUCCUCGCGAUAGUACCCUCUGUAGAUCCUAUCUACAACAGAGCGACUGGCGAACUUACAGAGAGGAAAUCGUAGAUAAUGUUGUCAUUAGACACAUAGCGCGCUUAGAGACGGCCAAAGGAUCGGCUCGGUCGCAUAACGUUAGAUCCUCCCCUGUUCCCUCGCCGCUGUGCUCGAUGAAGAUGUGGCCCUCGGUGAAAUCCGAAUGGGAGUAUUUUCCAGAUACAGGAUGGGUAAUGGGUCACGUGACACGACCAGUGGUUGAGGGUAAGCAUCAUAUUCUACAUUUUCCUAAGUUCACAGGCCCAAAGCCUAGUUCAAAGUGUAUUGAGGGUGGGAGGACUGUGCAAAUGCUAACAGGAAAAAAUAAAGGAAGGGAAACUGAGACUGUGGGGGUUGGGUUGAUUGAGACGUACUAUGAACGAACUAAGGUUGCUUCAAUUAUAAGAGGGAAUGGUAAACUUUAAAGAAUACAAGAGUUAACGUAUGAUCAAACCAGGCCAAGGAGCGAAUUUUCCAAAAACGCAAUAUAUUAUCCACCAAGCCAAAACGAAAUAUUUUCAGUUGAAACUCACAUAUUGGAUUGAAUUAGCAACAGAACGGCUACGUCAGCUGACGACGGGAAAGCGCGCGGAAAGGACUAAACGCGACUUGAUCUGCGCGCGCCGUCGUCACCGCCGUCUCAUAUUUUUGCUAAAUCUGCCCACCGUUUAAUAAAAAGGUUAUGAUACUGCUAAAUUAAAUUUCAGCUGGCUGAUCUCGUACCCAAACUUCACUCUCUCUUACGCUGAAAAGUGAGAUCUCCAUUUCCCUUGGCCCAUGGGAGAUCUUGGCACUAGACUACAGCUAGUAAGGUUGUACAAAAAUCAUUUACUCUUCUCUUUGUUCAACUCGAAAUAUCUACCGUUUUCAAUUUUUCAGCCGGAACCUCACGAGCAAGUUCUGCCACUAAAAGGGAUCAUUCGAAUGGCUCACCAGCCAAACAAAACAUUGCAACACCAAGAACAUGUUCUGCUCCACCAUUCAGGAAGUCCCGUGGGUCUUCAGGAACAAAUCGAAGGUUUUCCGGAACGACUCACGCGUCGUCGGGAACUUCUCUUAGGUCUUCUUUGAAUCCUCGUGUGUCUUCGGGUCCACCUCGUCUUUCAUCUGCCGGGGUUCACCGCGGGAGUCCCGUCUCUUUCAGCUCAUCCACCACAAUGUCAGCUGAGAAACUCUUGCCUUUAGUGACAAACGAUCUGGUCUUAGCACAAGGAAGUCAAAGAACGCUGGUUUUAACCCAGGGAGGAAGUAGGUGUAAUGAUUAUCAACUUCAAAUCGAGAGAAACAUUAUUAAUAAGUACGAUCUGAAAAAGGCUUGUAUAUAAUCAGGCAAAGUGACAUAAUGCUUUGACCAAGUUUGGUGCAUUGAAUGUUUUUUUUUUAUACGUAACAUAUUAUCUACAGAUAUGCAUUAUUUAUAUAUAUCUUUUUUAUGUAAUAAUAAGAUGACAAAAACGAAGUUAAUGUUGUCAGGUGUAAAUAAAAGAAAUAAAAAGUCGAACUAAAAGAUGAUGUAAUUGUAAUUCUUGCGAGUGCAACCUAACCUAAGAAGUUAAGUACUGAUUUAACCUAAGAAAGGUUUAACCUUCAUGCGGCCAACCUCCGAAACACUUGUGUCAGAACGCACAUUCUUUAAGAACUUCUUUUACGGAAUUAAUUAGAUUGUUUGAAAAAAAAAAAUCCCUGCCAUGAAGUAUUCGUGAUUUCAAAAGCAUCGACCUUUUCAUUUGAGAGACAAAACGUGAUAUUAACUUCGUCUGUCUCAAUAGUAAAACGUUUCAGCAGACAGAAUAAAAGUUUAAUCAACUACUUGAGUUAAUUAUAAAGUGUUCGUAGGUAGUGAGUGAAAAACACAAAACCAUUGUUUCGUCCUCAGUGCACUGAAAUGGAAUUUCUGAUUCAAAAGUAUAGCGCUGUGAAUUUUUUUCAUUUAAGCUUUUUGACUUUUUAAAAGGAAGAGAACAAGAUCUUGAUGAGGCCUAUUGGCUGAAAAGUACCACAUCUUUCAUCCUUAAUUUCUGGAGUGGGAGAGAUGUGCUCCUAUAGAAACCCAUCUUGUCUCAGGAUUCUUUUAUUUUUUCCAUUUGUUUUGAAGUUGUUUUCUGGAGCAAGUGGAUCACCGCUCUUGGCAGAUUACUAUCGAGGUAUAGUUCCGUAAAAGACAUUGUAAAUUCGGGAAAUCCCUUAAUCAGAGUUAGCAAACUUUUAUAUCAAAAGGAGUUAAUUAUCAAGUAAGAAGCAAAUAAUAGAGAUUAACGUCAGAAAUUGCUUUAUAUUCAUCCGUCAAGCUCUGAAGCUGAAGUGAAAAGCGGAAAAAGAAAGAAAAACAAAAAAAGAUUCACCCAUAGACCACCCAUACGGUAUAUAUUUUCUCUCAUUUAUCAAAAACUACUUUGUCAACUUACUUAUUUUCUGGUCUGAAUGCACUGGCCGCCAGCGAAAUUUGUACCGUGGAAAUCGGUAGAAAAUCAUAAUUUCGAUGGAAAAGUAUGGACUUGGAAUGGCAAAACCUCAAUUAGAAAGAUCAGAAAGAGAGUCUUGGUCAGUAGAAGAUGUGGUAGCUAACCCUCACAUGUGAGGAUAAGAAACAAGAAGAAGAUAGUACUGAUCUGACUAAAAAUGGUGAAUCUUGUGCGCAAAGAUUAGACGACAUUUGCCGGAGCUAAAACAAUUAAUUGAGCUCAUAUCAUAGCUAAGAUUUGUGACAGUUAAAGAGCAUAGUGAUAGCUUGCACAUUCUGUCAGGUCAAUGUUUUAAUCACAUUCACGAAGUUUUAUCUUUACAUAUUAUUACAUUGUUUUAGCUUUAUGUGAAUGCUCGAUUUCGAUCUAUAUAUAUAUCAUAUAUAUAUAUAUAUAUAUAUAUUACUAGUCAUUUUAGGGAAAAUAUUGCGAAUGCCACACCCAGAAAUAAUAAAAAAGAUAAGACAGGUGAAAAUCACGUAUAAUAUACACUCAGAUAAUUAUACGCAGGUGAAAAGAAAUUAUUUAAACGCAGUUUGGAUCUGUUUUCAAGCUGUGAUAUAAUCCGUUUAUCUGUGUUGAUUGAUUUCUUAGUUUCUUUACUUUUCUUGCAAAGGCGCAAAUUGAACUGUUGGAUGAUGCCACGGACACGGGGUGAGGUAACAAGUUUUGCAGAAUUCAGGGGCACCCAACGAGAAUAUAGUUCAAACCACAUAGGAAUAUUUUUAUCCCCUAAAAUUUUUUUAUCUGUUCGGAUUUCCUAGCUGAAAGUCUAGUGAUCCGAAAAUUAUAGGGAUCAAAACUUAUGUUUUCGAAAAUUUCAGCCAGAAAAAAGGCUCCCGAAAAUUUUAGGUGACCUUUUUAGGCUAAAAAAUGUGCAAUUAUACCAUUUUUUAGAUGUUUGAAAAUCCUAGGAGAGGCAGGCAAGCAAGAGUCAAGCAAGAAAUCUUACAACAAAUGUUCCGAAAAUUCUAGAUCUCAAAUCGUCUUCCGAACAGAUAUUUUUCGAAAAUUGACGUUGGGUGCCCCUGAGAAUUCGCGCGUGGAUUACAAACCGACAUUUUAUGAUGUUGACAUUUUUGCAAUUUAGUCCAAGCCGAUCACUAAAUCUUAUCAGCAAUGUUCAUUUAAAAAAGCACAAAUCACUAGCUUGAAUCGAAGCUUGAACCAUCGAAAGCCAAUGGAAAUGAUGACUGUGUAUUAUAACCUGACUGUUUGCCGACAGGAAGACUCUUUUCCUAAUGCAAAAACCCGAACGAUACACUUGACAUAUAACCUUAACAAGAUUUGCAGGGCUGUCGAUGAAAUUUAUGUCAUUACGCGUUUACGUUUUGUGGACAUUAGCUGGAAAAUCUCAUUACACUAUUUCUAAACUACCCAGAAGCAGUACUAAGGCCAAAGAACGCUUAGUUUUCCGUGUUUGCAUGAACUGACCACGUUUUUUUGCUUCUAGAUGUGAUUGGUUCAUUUAAAUGUUUUGCUCGUACUGUGAUUGGCCAAAGGUGAUUAAGCGACACUCGCCUGAAGUUCUCAAUUCACGCCAAACAAUGUGUUAUACUAACACAACCAGAUACUCUUAAAAAAAAUAAAUAAAAGUUGAUGACUAUUAUCCUUUGCCUAAAAAUUUCUGCCAUUGAAAUAUGUGUAGCUAGUAUGCUAUAGGCGUUUCCCCGAACUUUGCUAGUGGGAGCCAAGGGGAUAGAUAAGAUUUUCACUCUAUCGACACUUAUCAUUUAUCCUCAAAGAGACCACUUUUGUUUCAAGACACAACUCUCGGGUGGCCGUGGUUAAUAAAGUAUUGUAUGCAUCAUUUCACUCUCAGCAGUUGAUCAUGUGUUUUAAUAUUGGCGAACUUUGAAGCCCAGCUCCUACAAUCAGAGGAAAAACAAACUGUGACAGUGGUCCUAUCAAUCGAUUGGUAGAACCUGUAUGUGUAGAAAACAAAAAUGUAAUAUAAUUCUCACAAACACUCGCGCUUCAUGCCAAAUCAUAGUUGAACAGUUAUGGAAUGCAGAAAAAAAGUGAAGAUAAUAAGUCAUAACAUUCAACCCUUAUUUGGACGAUGAAUGUACUUUCACGAAAAUGAUGCUUUUUAUUAAAUACCUACAAGUUUUCUUCGUCGAACUUCAAUUACUGCACGUGUUUUUCUUCCCUUUUUUGCGUUUUUCACCACCCAUUUUUCUUGUGUUGAUAACCUAGUUUUGAGUACGUGAAAGUAUUAGCUUCCAAGCACUAAAUGUUUUGGCAUUUGAUGAAUAAAAGCUAACGACUUAACCCCAAGGGGUCCAUUUUUACAAUAUGAAAUACAGCAACGUUUUAUGCAAAAUACGUACAUCGAGGACUGGCACAGAAGUUAGAAGUUGAAUUUCUUCAAGAUCUAACAGAAUAGUUAUGUUUUACGUUAACAGACUUCGAAUUGUCAUCGACGUCGAAAAUAUGCGAAGAAAUUCGUAGUUGUUGUGAAAAACGAACAAUGUUGAAUAUGAAAAAAAUAUCUUCUGUAUUUCUCACAUAUUUAAUAAUUAUGACGGCCAAUUCUUUGCUACUGCCAGUUGCAGGUGGGUAGAUUCAGAUGUCUCUAAAUACAAAUAAUUUCAUGCUUUUUAUAAGACAGUAGAAGAUUUUUAAUUUUUUUCUCCAACUCAUUACUCAGUUAACUAGGGUACCAUGUAUUGUUAUUUCGUACAGUACUUCUAACUAAUCGAUUGGAACAAGUUAAUGCGUUUACCUAAUACCGCUCGACAUUUUCCUUUUUUUGUAAAAAAAGGAAAAAACUAGUUAUCAGUCUGCUAAAUAAAGUAUAUGCUUAACCCUGGAUAGAAGAACGCAAUGUUAAAUAUUUAGAACAAUCUACAGAAAAGAUAACUUUGAUAAAUUGUUACUUAUUCUUAAUAAGCCAGUGUAUAAACAGGUGAAUGUACUGGUCGAACAAAAGAAUGGAGGGGAAAAUAACCAAGAAUGAGGUUUGUGUAAUCAGUCACUCAAACAAGGUAUCAUACCGAAUCAUAUGGGGGGUGGGACAUUUGUAACGACUUUGUAAGUUACUUUUCGGUAACACUCUAGUCAAAUUCGACGCUGUUUGCACCGUGACACAGAAAAACGACUAUUUUUCCUUGACAAGAAAAAGCAAGUUCUUCAUCAUAUCGUUGUACUUGCGGCUUAUUUAUUUUUCGAGAAACUUUGCAGAGACUAAUUGUGACCAUCAUUUGGCCUUAUUUUGUGGGGGGCGUUUCAGCAACCAGAGUGAGUUUUGAUUAGUGGAUAUGGUUUCCAUAGGCAAUCACUAAGCAUUAACCAGCCUUGAACUUUCACCACUCAUUUCUAUCAUUGCGCAUAAACAUAUAUUGACAUCCUAGUCCUAGCAGUAUUUAAAAUGUUAAUAAUUUGUCACAUAUGCCUGGUUUAGGGACCUUAGCUCCCUCUAGUCUCCUGUAGCUCAUUGGUAGAGCACCUAGAAAGUCCUAGUUAGGAAGUACCUCGGAUUUUUACUUCUGAGUCACCUGUGUCACUGACUGAAGAAAUACAAACACUUUUCUAAUCUAUUCACCAGACUUAAAAUUCAGCAUCACUUUUCUACCAACUACUAAACAGUCACACAUACUAUUAGUUACUCAAAAGAUCCUAGAAAUAUCAGCAAGCUAAAAGCUGGUGCGCAGUAUUCAAAGUCUCUCCAAACUGCAUCUGUAACGGUGAAGAACUGCAGAAAUAGAAAGCCAGAGUAAAAGCGAUCAUAGAGACAGUGGUCUCCAUAGGGCAUGCCAGUAAAAGUUCAUGAAGAAAGUUGAUACACCACUUAGCGUCUUUGCGCAGUCUCAAAAGUCUCUCCAAAGCAUCUUCAGUGAUUCUGAAUUGCAGCAAUGGAAACCGCAAGUAAGGGCGAUAACAGAGACAGAGGCCUCCAAAAGUCAUGCCAGUAUAUAAUUCAUGAAAAGGGUUGAUCCAUCGCUUAAAGAUGUUUGGUUUAUUCCCCUUGAAUUUCCAGUGUGUACUGUACUUUCUCCGGGGUUUUAUUCGGUAGUAGCACAACCAGAUGAUUUCUGGCACAUAAUGUUAGAAAUACUGACUUAACUUCGAAUCUAAAAGCAGCUCUAUUAUGAGCUUUUUCAGGGGUUAGUGUCAUCAUCAUCAUCAUCAUCAGAUUUAUCACAAGUCAAGUCAAGCGAUUUUCUUUAGCAAAGACGUUUUUGAGCGACGUACGUCGACCGGUAGUGAACUUUUAUGAUUCUUGGACAGUGGUUCGCCCAAAUUUGCGGUAAAAUAAUCUCUACAAGAAUAAACAAACUUAACAGUACAAAUUUGGUAGCACCAAGGCAUAUAAUAGGUAAAAAGAUUUCAAUUCACUUCACUUCACCGGUUGACGUACGCCAAUCAGAAAACGGCUUUUCUUAAGCUACCUAAUCUCAAAUUAAAUACGCUGAUGAUGAGACAACAAUAAAGCGUUUUCACUCACGUGGCCAGCAAGUGUGUAAAAAGCAAUAAACCAGUAUUUUAAUUCCCACAGGACUGGUUUGGGACACCAACAUGGACGCUGUUUUAUUGUUUUGGGAAACCAAUAUGGUGGACGUGACGUCAUGUGAAAACGCUCUAUAAGAAUUGCAUAUGACUUCCAUGUACCGGUACGCAUGCGCAUUGUUAACACUUUAGGUGCAUUCUCCACAGCUUUCCCUGAGAUUGGUGCCAGUUUGGCCUUAGUUGGUCGUCAGCCCAAAUCAACGAGUGGGUGGACGGAAGUGAGUGGGUGGACAGAAUUACAGCCGUCAGAUAGUGGUCGCUUUUUGUUCGGAGCCCCACUGGGAACGAAGGCAUCACGGUUCAAGAUACCAAAGUCAGGAAUUUAUUUCGUUUCGUUCAGCAUUCAUUUAUUUCAAGCAGAUAUCGGAGUGUUUCAAGCGGCUUUGGUCAUAAAUGGGCAGCCUGUGAAGUAUAACAGGGCAAUGAGUGUAACCAGGCAAGGUUACCAAGGUGCCGACUUCAGUUUAGUGGUCAGCGGAUUUGUGGACUUGAGGUCAAGUGAUCUGGUCUCCGUGUUUGUUUUCGCGGAAAGGGAUACAGAGUGGAGUGUUGAAGACGGAAGCCAGUUCUGUUUACGUUAUACAGGAGCGAUUGGAACUUUUCCAGCAUUUUCUGCCAUAAAAAGCGCAGAGACGGUUUUAUAUUCUUCUUCUGCUUCUUCUUCAUCAUCUUCUUCUUCUUCGUCGCACAUUGUUCGUAACUGGGAAACAAGUGGUACUCCAGGUGUAUUCAUCAGUCUGUCCGGGUUUUCUCCAUCCACCGGAGAAUUCAUUCCUAUCUGCGACGGGAUUUAUUUCUUGGCUGCGAAUAUCCGCGUUGAGGCAAGUCUUGGUAUCUACAGACUGUCUUUACUUGUAAACGGCAAAACUCAUGGUCCGGUCAUCGAAAUAAGCGUAACAACUCCAAAUGAUAUUUUCUCUAUGAGCUACUGUGGUUCGUUUUACUUUAAAAGAGGAGACAAAAUUGCUCUUAGUAUCAACUCAUCAACAAUUCACCAGAACAGUGGUUUCUCUGUAAGUUAUAUUGACGCCUAUAAUGGGAGCUCCCUUCAAGGUUUAUCAACAAUUACCCAAACAGCCACUGAAAUUCCAGGAACUGGUUGGAUGGAAUUAACCACGUGGUCCACGCCUUCGAUAUCGCACGUGCAGUUUUACAAUCCAGACGUGUUUAAGAACGGAAGGUUCCGAUGUAGUGACGGAGGUACAUACUUCGUAGCUGUAAGUAUAUUGCAUUGGCAGUCUGGUGACUGGGCCUUAGUUUUCGGCGAUACGAUUUUUGGGACUGUCUGUGCUAUGUGAUUGGUCAAUGGUCCUUAUCUAUAGCCCGGGUCUCAAUAACAGUUUAUCGGCAAAACGACCCCAAAAAUCUGGAUUGCCUAGUUUUUCCUUCUCCUUACCCAUCGGUACCCUUUCUUUCUCAUUAAUAAUUUGAAAUAUGUUAACGCUUGAACAAUGUUUAAACCCUAAUGGAACAAGGACCGAGUGAUCAAUUCGUCAAAAAAUAUUGACUAAUUCAGAUCAAUGGAAUAUAAAAUGACUAAAAACCAGUUUGUAUGACGCAGAUCAGUUGUUUCUUUACUGGUCAUCAAAGAUUUUCUUGUCCUGUGUGGGGUAUGUCUUCUUUCUCUCUAUGGAUAUCAUCUUAUGGGCUCGAUUCAGCUGCCACUGAACGCCUUAAACAAGCACAGACAGACCAUCCCAAACAGAUGGUGGUUUGCCUGUGGGACAAUCUGUCGUUAAAAGUUAAUUAUGAUUGAUAUUUCAAAAUAGACCUUUUUAGCUUGCAUGCUUUAUUUUGCAAAUUCGACAAGGUGAUGUUCUUAAGCCAAUUUGCCUUCUGUCUUGUCAUUAAUUAGGAACAUACAGGCAGGCGGGUAACGCCAUUUUUACAAGAAAAAGUUCUCUGGUGGAACAUCACAUGUUCUCUAAUGGGAAAACAAAACAUGCAAGCUGAAAAUGUUCAUUUUUUCAAACAAUAUUUCCUAUGUUUAGGUUUCCCUCAGGAUUCGGGGCGGUAAAGGAACGUUUGACGUACUGGUGAAAUCCAGUGGUACUUCCCAGUUAAAUGGAAACGCGGGGCUCUUCGCAACGCAGUACAAUCCUGAAUCAUCGGGAGUAUUUCCCUUAUCAGUCUCUGGUCUCUUGGAGCUCAGUAAAGGUCAGCAUGUAUCAGUGUUUGUUCACUCCACUUUUCCUAACAAGUGGUUUAUCGAGCCGGGCAGCGGACUGUCGGUCAUGAAGACACGACAUUAUUGGCCAGCGGCAAAUAGCUAUAUCAGCUCUAAGCAUGCGUUCAAAGGUAAUAUGUGGCAGGAGAUUCCAAAUUGGAGACUAUCAGCCAAAGAAGGCGCCUUCUCGUUCGGAACAAACUUCCGACCAAGUAGCAAAAGGUUUACUGUCUCAUCCCCUGGGAUUUAUUUUGUUUCUACUAAUCUUCUCCUUCGGGCUAAAGGUAAUUGUAUUUCGGCUGUUAUAGCUGUUGAUGGCAAAGUCAAGGUCGGCAACGGUUUGUUUACAACUCAUGAGUACCCUCCAGACAAUCUGACCCUUAACAUCGCAGGCGCACUGAAUCUUCAACAGGAACAAAGUAUAUCAGUUUUUGUCAGAUCGGAGAGCAGUGCUUCAUUUGAAAUACUAAACAGUAGCGGGUUUUCUGUGGUGUUUAUCGGUAAAACAUUUGCCGUUCCUGGCUUUCAUGCUGUGAAAGGCAGUCAGUCGGUCAUAGCUACAACUAACUGGGUUGAAGUCGAUGAAUGGGAAGAUCCUGGAAAUAAAGACAUAGAAACAUUUCAAAAUGGUGGUGGUUUCGACAGCGUCCGCGGUAUUUACACAGCUCCGAUAAGCGGGAUUUACUUCGUGUCAUGCACCCUUGUCACUAAAGAUAUCGAUGUUAGCGUUUCCGGUUCUUACAUUGAGAUGUAUAUCGGGGUGAACCGGCAAGCUUCCCUUACUAAUGGUUUACAGAAUACUCGUUACAUCCAAGGUACGAACCCGCCAAGCGAAAAUGAGGUCAUGGCCAUCACAGUUUCCGGGAUGGUGCGAUUAAGGCGUGGAGAUUACGCUGUGAUUCGUGCCCGCACAAGUAUGGACUCUGACUGGAAAGUUGAACACACAAGUGGAUUCUCCAUAUUUUUAGUGAGUCCUUUAGAUAUACCAUAUGGAAAUGUUGGAUUUCUGUCCCGAAAAAGCGAUACCAGGAUAAAAAGCAUAGGCUCUGGAAGUUGGUCGAAGAUUGAAGGAUGGGCGACGCAAUCCGACCUCACAAAUGGCUUAUUUCUUCAGACGGAUGGUAGCUUUGAAUAUGAAGCGCUUAGUGGAGAUUUGUUAAUAAAUCAUGCGGGAAUUUAUUUCAUAUCAGCCAAUGUAAUUGUAUCCAGUGUUCCUGAGUCUUGUGAAGUGAGUAUUCUUGUAUCUGACAGCAAUGGAGGUAGCCCCGAAGAACUUGUGACCGGCUUUUCAGCUAUGGAACAAAAACCAAAGUCAACCGGCAGACAAACUUUACAGUUGUGUGGUGCUCUGUUUUUAAAAAAGAACAGAAAGAUCCAUGUAGCUGUACGCUCGAGCAGUGCUAAGGCUUUCACUGUAUGGGAAGGCAGUGGUUUCUCUGUUGCAAGGCUCAUUUAUCCAAUCGAAGAGCCCGGAUUUUAUUCCCAUGCAGAUGGUACUCUCCAAGUACCUGGAGAAUCGAAUUGGUGGAAAAUAACAGGAUGGGAAACGUCGGGGGAGAGCGGACUUCACAUUGAUGGUCAUGGGUUUAACUCAAUGAGUGGUGAUUUCAUCGCGCCGUUGUCAGGGAUUUAUUUAGCUUCAGCAAGUGUAUCAUUUGCAGAAGUCUCGCACGCCACAAUUGUCUCUGUGAAAAUUUCCGUGAAUGGCGACAAUUCCGCCGACAGUGGGUUGGAAUCUAGCCGUUUGUUCACUCGCCGAGAUUCUCAUGCGGUUGUGAUAACCAGUGGGAGCAUGGAACUGAGGCACACUAUGAAGAUUAGCGUGAUGGUCAAAGCGGAUAAUUCCUCUUCGUGGACAAUAAAUGGUAGCUAUUUUACAAUGCGUUACAUUUCUGAAAGGGAAAAAACAGAGGGUAACAUGGCAGACCGUCACAGUGAUGUUAUUUUCAACUCAAAAGGAUGGAAGGAGCUGGUCAGUUGGAAAACCACUGGCGUCAGUGGGCAGUAUCAACUAGGCUCUGUUCACCAAACCACAGAUCGCUUUCGUGUCUCAAAGAAGGGUGUGUACUUUGUUACUGCUAACAUUAAAUUCCUUGAAACCAAUGGGUUGGUUGCAAUUGCCAUUAUAAUCAACAGCGGAAAUGAUACAGCAGUUGUAGCCAAGAAAUCAUGCGUUGAAAGUGAAUUGUGCGUUAUCAAUAUUGCCGCACCUGUUAAAUUAGCGGCGGGCACUUAUGUGUCCGUUUACGCAUACUCAAAUGAUGAAGACAGCUGGACGAUAUCAAGCCAAUCUAGCAACUCCAAUUUGUAUUUGAACCCAGUCCCCUCAACCUCCGUUGUUCAAGGAUUUCUUGCCGGUAUUUCUUUUCACACUUCCGUCGGUGACCGACAAACAUCGCAUUGGUUUCGAGUCAAGAACUGGACAACAACCAAUCAUCCUGGUUAUUUCAAGACAAUUCCUGGAUUUUCUGAUGACAUUUUCGUAGUUAGCAUCACUGGCGUUUACAUUAUAGCGGUGAAUUUGCUUUUACAAUGUACAGUUAAGAGCACUGAGUGGUGAGUGGGAAAUUGCUUAAUCGUUAUUUCCUCUAUUCAAUUCCUUACUUCAGAAACCCUAGGAAGAAUCGAUACAAGCAAUGGGCGCAGUGAUUUCUGGGAUCUUUGGGUGGCCAAGCGUUAGUUAUGAUUGAUCGAUGGUAUUUAACGCAACCAUUAACCAAUCAUAAUUAAGAAACGGCGCAGAAAGCUUGUACCAAAGUUUAUAUGGUACUUUUUCAGAUCCAUAUGACCGCAAAAGUAACAACUUUGAGCUCAGCUGUUCCAUAAACAUAAAAGAAAACACUAAAACGGUCAAACCGAUAGAAUUGCACGUUGUGACGUAGGUUUAACUCUAUGGGCAUGCUACUAAGACACGCGCCCGCGACAUUUUCGGUCAUUGUUUUCAUUUUGAUAAGCUGCAACUGUCCACACUAAUUCGAUAUGUAUAAGUUUUCGUUUUGAUUCACUUUCAUGAGCGUUUUUAGUUCGAUUCGGUUUUCACGAAAGCGCUCAGCGUAUCAGUGUGGACAGAAGGCCUAAACGCAUCGAAACGUACGCGUUUUCGAACGAAAACGCAUUAGUGUGGAGAAAUGGGCGGAAAAAACGCGAAUCUUAUCUUUUCUGAACUAAGCAUUGUAACAUAUUGUUGCUUCCGUAGUGACUUUGAGCUGUUAGUUAUGUUUAAUGGGAGACUAUCACCAAGUUCUGGGUUGUAUUCACGUCAGACUGUUCUUCCGCUGAGUAUUGACACACUAAACGUAAUGAGCGUUGUACACUUGUACAAAUGGGAUACCCUCGCAGUGGCUGUUCGGUCAGAUAAUCCCUUUCAAGUUCUGGAGGACAGCACAUUCUCUGUUAUAAUGCAUGGUAGGUUUACCGCUUCAAGGGAAAAAAUUCAUCUAAAACGUUUUAUUCCCGAGGGGGAGGGUGUACUUUCUUAUAAAAGCCAUAUAGGUAUGUGCCGCCCCUUUGGAAUCCGGGGAAUGGUUUUCGAGGGAACUUCUGGAGUGUAUGAACGUACUUGUUGUUUCAAUUCCGAAUGAAUAAGCAACAAAAUGUGAUAUACCAAUUCAACGUGUAUUAUAAGAAAUCGUUUCGUUGGCGUUGCUAUCUAAGUAAUGAUGACAUAACUUUUGUCUAUGUAAACAUGAAUGUCGCGUCUGUGAACCCCUGCCAUACAAACCCUACAAGCCAGGUCUGAAAACGGUUGUGGAGAAUGACACACACUCAACAAGAGUUUCCAAAGUAUCCCCGGGUUUUCAUUGGCAACAAAAGUACUGUUUUGUGAUCGCUACAGUAACCUUAAUUUUGCAUGUUACCUUUCUGGUACACGAGCGAUAGCGAGGUCAAUACAUCAAGGCUGUAAUGACCGAACAGACGAGGUUGAUAAGUUAUUUAUGAUAUGGCAUUUUCAUUAUGAACCUGAGCGUGCGAUCAUUUACAACCAGUAACUGGUCAGCGGAUAAUUAAAAAAACACGUCACCACAAUAAAUUCUACUCUUGAGCACGCGAUACAUUGAUGUGACACUGGUCAGCGGGUACACUUUUUGACAGCCGUCAAUUGAAAAUAACAAGGACGUCCAUAAGGAUGUCCACUAUCAAGUUAAAGACAGAUUGUAUAUACCUUGGACACCUACAGUAACCUUAAUAUUGCGUGUUAUCCAGUUUCUAGUACACAUUGCUUGUAGCGUAUUGAAUCACUGUGUCCUUUGCUUUUCUUUAGCUUCUGUUGGGGGUCCAUUUCUGUGCACAAAUAAUGGACCAGUGCUCGUCUCGGGCCUUUUACCCGAUUUUCUACGUACAAGAGUUGGUAAUUCACUCACGUGGUCAUGUGAAGCUGUCGGUCAAACUCCACCGGAAUACCGCUGGUUAAAAAACUUCAAAGUGAGUGAGAAUUUUUUCGCGGAUGAUCCUCGGGAGCCAUUCGGGAAAUUUUGUAGAUUUGUAAGAGCAAAGCCCGGACUUGCUGAUAUAUUUUUCAUGAUUAAAUUAAUGGUUUUUCCGUUUUCUGAUGUCUUUUCUUUUUCCAGCAGAUUUUGUCCAAUGUAACUAUCAACUCCCUGUCCAUCAUCAACGCGACGGUGGAAGACAGUGGUAACUACGCAUGCGUCGCAGAGAUAUCUGGAGUGUCUGUGAGUUCAAAUGUUGCGCGCCUUACUGUGUAUGGUGGGUAUAUACAGGAAUGCCGAGAUGAAAACGGACACGUACCUCAGAUCAUUUACCUGUAAUUGAGCAUACACGGUGCAAAAUGGAACCUGUUAGUUAAGGGUUACAUCGUACAUAUACUACUUAUUAACCUCGCCCGUUCGUUCAUACCAGGGAAAUCUUAGACCUCGGCCUCUAUGUAUUGACCUCGCUAUCGCUCGAUCAAUACAUCAAGGCAGAGGCCUGAGAUUUCCCUGGUAUGAACGAACGGGCGAGGUUGAUAAGUUAUUUAUUAUAUGGCCUUUUCACCAUGGACCUGAUCCUAGGAUCAAUAAAAACCAUCAACUGGUAAGCUGAUGACUUAAAAAAAACAGGUCACCUCAAUGAGUUGUAUACUUGAACCUGCGUUUCAAUCAGGUGACAAUGGUCAGCGGAUAUCCUUUUUGACAGCUGUCAGAAAAUACCUUUACAUACCAUAAUGCUCUUUGUUUGUUCUCAAGAGAAACUGAAAACAAUGGUUAUGCAAAAUUUUGGGGUGACAAACAAGGAACAUUACGGUAUUUUAUGGUACUUUCUCUAGUGGUCAAUUGACCGUAACAUGGAUGACCAUAAGGAUGUCCACUAUCAAGUUAAACACAAAUUGUAUCAAAAACUCGUUCCUAGGGUUGUCUCCUACCCGUCCCUACGGAGCGAGAGAGGUAGGAGAGAGAACCUGGGAACGAGGUUGAAAUUGUAUAUGCCUUGGACACCUAGCUAGUAAUGCUUGGUCAUUACAACAAAACAGCCAAUCAGAGCGCGUGCUAUAUUGUAGCCAUAUAAUGAAAGAAAAUUAUAUCCGCUUAGCAGCCAAUCAGAGCGCGCGAACUAUUGAAGCCGUAUAAUAGCAUUGUCAUAAUGUGACAUCUAAAGAUAUUUAUGGUCGGCUAUGUUUUAUUCAUUUUCAGAUCCUCGACCUGCGUUUGAAUCUCUUCACUACACAGUGGCUGUAAAAGAGAACGGUCCUGCUCCACAACUGAUUCUUAACGUGUCAGUAAAAGCGGAGAGCAAGGGGAAAACUCAUGCAGAUAUGGUUUUAAAGAUUAUUUCAGGUUUGUUUUAUCAGCUGUCAGAUUCCAUGUGACCUUAAAGAAGGAAAUCUAGUUCGAUCAAAGGAUCGAAACAUGCAUGCUGUACCACAAGCAGUCCAAGCUCAGUAUGGUAGGGAGUUUAAUCUUUAAUAGGUGUGGUAUCAUAUUGUGCAAUCCUCAAUCCGGGAAUAUAAAGAAUUUGCUUGGGAUCCCUCCCCUACUUCUCCUUAACGGCAAAGUGUUGAUGGGGAGGUGAUUCCCAGAAUUAUGUACUGAUAACAACUGAUAUGAUUGCAGGGAACAUCAACAACUCCUUUGUCGUGCAACCCAACAUCUCCUUACGUUCUUUCGGGAUUUUCACUACUCGUCCAUUGGAUAGAGAAGACAUCUCUGAAUAUCAUUUACUGAUAACAGCAACAAACAUAGAAGAGGCUGCGCUUAGCUCUGUGACCAAUGUCAACAUCUUCGUCGAAGAUCUAAACGACAACCAUCCGCACUUUGACAAGAAAAUCUUUGAGGCCAGCAUCCUGGAGAAUGCAACGUUGGGUCACGUGGUGUUGAUACUCAGUGCCCAGGAUGGAGACGUGGGGCGGAAUGCUGACAUUAGUUACUCGGUACAUUUAGGGUCUGGGGUGGAUACAUUUAGCUUAAACAAGACAUCGGGUAUGUGAUGCAUUGGUUAUAUAAAUAUAUUUAGGCAAGGCCAAUAGUGAAGCUCUCGUGAGAUCUUUUAAGAAUCGUCUUUUUGCAGUAAUUCAACAUUUGCCUUAAGCAAGAAGCAAACUGAAUUCCCCCCAAAAAAUAGGCCUGAGCAUGCGAUACAUUGAAAACCAAUAACUGACCAACGGAGAACUUUAAAAGACACGUGACCUCUAUAUGGUUUUUACACCUGAGCCUGCAGUACAGUUAUGUGGCACUGGUCAGCGAACAGUGCAGGCUAGAAAGUAUGAAAUCUCACAUCCGCUAACACGAAGGGGCGGACGAACGUACGGUUGGACGAUUCUGUCACUACCAAAAUUUCUUGAAUGCAUAGAUAACCAAAUUCAAGAGAUUAUCAUUCUCUUGGCAAAGUUUAUUACUCAUGGUUCUCCGCUGCGCUUGCUUCACCCGCGCGAGAGCUCCUUUAUCAACUCAAACAAGCGCCACCAUAGCAGAAUUUUCGUUAACUUCUGCUCUUUUUAAAAGAACAUGACCGUUAUUUUCUUCUACGAACAGACCACUGGCAGGCUGAAGGUUAAAAGAAAGCGCUCGUGUCACGUUGAGAAGGAGAAAAAGAAAGAAAAAGAACUUUAACCUCUUUCCAUCUUGCCCCGCGCCCUCACUAUUACUGAUUUUACGACAUUCUCUUUGGAAAUACCAGAGGAAGCCUCUGAGGGGAAUUCGAAGAGAGCUACUGUGGCGCUUAGCAAUCAAACUUAGUGAUCAAUAACUCACUUACAAAUUCCUUCUUUACGUUCAAAAGGUGUUUAAAUUUAAUAGGUGCGCGCGUUUUUCUCUUAAGGACUGUUUAUAUCACAGUAAUAUUUGUUGAUUAAGAUAUUAACGAUUAAGGCUUUUUUAAAACCCUUACUGUGCCUCAGUGUGAACAGACAUACUACGUUUCCAUGCCAACCAUCUCUUGACAAGACAGAAAGUUGGCAGUAUUUUUCACUCCAUCUGUCACUGGGAUAAUAUAAUAAUAUGGGAUAAUAAUAACAAUAAUAAUAAUAAUAAUAAUAAUAAUAAUAAUAAUAAUAAUAAUAAUAAUAAUAAUAAUAUGGGAUGAUAUGUUAUGUAAGCUAAGAUAUUAAAAAUUACAAGAGAGCUUUUAAAUCAAACUAUAUCAAUAUGGCACACAUUUCCUCUCAUUCCCUAUUAGGUGAAAUAACUCUGAAGAAACCACUUGACCGCGAAACUCAACCAAGCUACUCACUUUUUAUUGCCGCCCGCGAUCCUGACUUUUCUGCGUACGCCGAAGUUAUCAUAACAGUGCUUGAUGUAAAUGACCACAAACCGGUUUUUACGCCCUCAAAGUACAACGUGACAGUUUCCGAAGCAGUAGGGAAGGGCACCUCAGUGCUUAAGCUCACUGCAACAGACAAAGACGCUGGAACGAACAGUGAGCUCGUGUACUCCAUUGUGAGUGGCGAUUCUCUUUCAUUAUUUGCUGUAGACAAUGAUGGAGUCAUCACAGUUGCGAGAAAUCUUGAUCAUGAGAAGGAAUCAACACACAACAUAACAAUAACAGCUCGCGAUAAAGGGCAAAAUCCAUUAUUUGCGGAGCAACCAGCAAAUGUCUUUAUUUUUAUAAGUGAUUUAAGCGACAAUUCGCCAGCAUUUGAAGUCUCAUUAUACGAAGAAACCUUAUCAGAGAGCACGCCACCUGGGACGUCAGUUCUACGCGUACGUGCUUCAGAUGUCGAUCGAACUAACAACGGAAUGGUUUUCUGGAUCGUACAGGAAAAUUUAGAAUCAGAUUUAAAGGUGAAUUCGUCGUCAGGAGUAAUUUAUGUGGCGAAAUCCCUGGAUUUCGAAAGAACAAAACUUUAUCGAUUUCAAGUUGCGGUGAGAGAAGAGAUGAUGGAAUCUCCUACCGAUUUUACCACCGUUGCUAUCUCAAUUUCCGACGAAAAUGACAACUCACCAUUUUUUCAUCCUACGUACUAUAACAUUUCAGUCUCAGAAGCUACGCCCGGUACAACAGAACUCCUUCGACUUCACGCAAGUGAUAAGGACAGCACCACGAACGCAGCACUUUGUUACUUCAUAGAAUCGGGAGACGAAAAGUCUCAUUUUUUCUUAGACGAGUCCAAGGGAUUUCUCUCCCUAACCAGGAAACUCGACCAUGAGAAUGUGUCAAGCUAUCGCUUAAUAAUUAACGUGACCGAUAAAGGAAAACCACCGCGUAAAGCUCAGCUGCCUGCCACGGUGGAUAUUGAAGUCUACGAUGAGAACGACAACGCACCUCGGUUUGAUUACGAGACUUACUCUGUGUCAGUCUACGAGAACAUUACAUCCGGGACCUACAUAUGUACAGUGCAUGCGCACGACAAGGACUCUCUUUGGAAUCACGAGGUGACGUAUGCCAUGGCCAGUUAUAGCGAACCAAACACCAAGGGAAAAUUUGAUGUGAAUAGAAAAACUGGAGAAAUAUUAACGACGGGAGAUCUCGAUAGAGAGGAACAACAGGUGCGUUGUACGUGUAGUUGCAGAUGUAGAAAUAACUUAGCAAACCUUUUUUUCACACUUGUAACUAGACCAGGUUGAUUCUGAAAAUUGGGCAUCAGGGAAGUUUGAGGAGUAAGUGAAAGAACAAUAAGGUUCUACACCCUUUAAAUGGCUACAUAAAGUCUACCAAUCGGUGAAUUCAGGGAUAAGAUUAAUUUGGUAAGAUUGUUUUUCAGAUUAUCUGAUCAACACGGUUGAUACUAGCUUAUAUAUUUUUCAUAUCACACCAUCAAGUUUCCAUAACCCUUAAGUGAUAAAAAUGACCAGCAUUAAAUGACUUCUAAUAAUAUUAAUAAUAAAAAUAAUAGUAAUAAUAAUAAUAAUAAUAAUAAUAAUAAUAAUAAUGAUUAUGAUGAUGAUGAUAAUUCAUACAGCACCAAAAACCAUCCUAAAUGACCACUUCUCAUUUUAAAGGUUUAUGAGUUUACGGUUGUCGCAAGGGAUGGCGGAAAGGUGCCCUUUGAAGGCCACGCAAAAGUGAUUGUAACCUUGAUUGACGUAAAUGACAAUGCCCCUGUUUUUAAGCAAGGAGAUUAUCAGGUAUUUAACUGUAUUAAUGUACUACGUGCUAAUGCAGAAGAACACUAAUGAUCGAGCUUGCAAGAAACACAGACAUAAAACACAAACAGCGCUGAUAAACAUUGUGAACUUUCGAAUGCUAGUCAACAUAUGUCAAGUUUAACAUAAAAUGCGAAAGCUCACAAUGUUUAUCACCGCGGUUUGUGUUUUAUUUCUGAUUAAACCACGAUCGCCCAAGAACAAAAGUCUUUACAAUAAACACAGAAAUUCAGUAACAAAAGCAUGACAGUUUAUUUGGUACAUCAAAAGCUGUUGAGAUGUAUUACUGUACCGUCGGUUUUCAAAUAAAUCCUCCUCAAUAUCAUUGAGAACAUUAAGACCAAAAACGAUAGCCUAUCUCAUUUCGAAGAGUAGACGAUUUAUUGAUACGUAUUUCAGUAGAAAAUAUCUAACAUACAUUUUUAGUUUACUAUUUGGAAUAUUCCUUGAUCCUGUAGAUAAUUAUGUCAGAUUUAUAUUAUUUGAUUUAAAAUAGUAGCUUUUCCCACCAAUCUCUUCCAUAACCCUCUCAGUCCUUAAAGUGUCGAAAGUAAAAAUUAACGAAAAAAUCCAAUUUUCUUUUGUAAAAUGGAAACAGUAAGUGUAAGGAGGAGGUUUCACUUGAAUGGUAAUGCAAAAUAGGAUUUCACCCACAGAUUCAAAAGUCAAAAGUUAGAAUGACGUAUCAUCUCACUUUAGUAACUCAGUCUAAAGGUGAAUAGGUUAACAACUUCUAUUACAUAAUGCAGCUUUGUACUUUUACAUUUUCCAGUCUACGAUACAACUUGCAGCGGAUGCUGCAGUCAACUCAGCCGUUAUAACGAUGACCGCUGUUGACAAGGAUAGUGGGCUCAGAGGGAAAGUCGCAUACGCUGUGCUGGAUAUCGUUGGCUCUAUUUUAUCCGAGCAUGAUGAAGCGCUGCACUGUACCGGCAACUUAAACGGUACUUUUAAGAUAGAUCAUUAUACUGGAACCUUGAGAGUCGCUAGAUCGUUGGCAGCGCGUUGUCUCUAUAACGUAACAGUUCGCGCAAUGGAUCAUGGGAUCCCUCCACUAUCUAGUGUUAUUUCUGUACAGAUUGAAACUGGAAGAAGAGAUACCGGUGAACUCAGGGCACCCACUACCAUUUCAGUUAUAUCAAAAGAAGGUUCGUGUAGAUAUAUUCUCAUCUUAUUUACAGGAAAUUAACGCGAAUUUCAAAAAUUCGUGUUAAUUUCCGCGACCAUAAUUUCCAUUAUUUCGGCCCCAAAUUUUCGAUACACCUUUGGCAUUCUUGACACAUAAGAGAGAAGAGCAUUUUCAUCAGAGUGGAGAUUCGCCAGCAACAGUGAAACUGUGAAGACCCCUCGAAGUGGCCAGCUUUCUUCGCUUAAUCCGCCUCGUACGUUUAGGGAAAGCACCACAAAGGAAGUUCCCAUUUCGGAUCAUACGUUUAAAUUUGCCCCUAUGUUAUUAACAAGGUUUGUUCCUUGUGAAGCCUCGUUAAUUUUCUUCAUUUUGAAAUGUUACCCCGUCUUUUGCGUUAAUUUUCUUUAUUCGAAAUUCGUUUUCCAUUAAAUUCGUGUUGCUUCAAGUCGCGGACAUAGAACAUUAAUUUCCUAUAAUGAAGUACACGUCGCUCGUUCGGCCGCUUCGCGGCCUAAAAAGGCUCGCUCCACUCGCGAAGAGGUCGAAUUGUAGCAAGUCUAAUAAUGAAGUAUCUGUCUUCAGUUUUAAAAGCAUCGCCUACAGACACAGAUCAUAGAAGCCACUUGGCUAUUCCCAGGCCUUCUUGGUCGACACAUUUCAGUGACGUAUACGAAAUGAACGGUGCUUGGACCACGUGACCCGAAACACAUAGGCCAGGUGGAAUAAUCAAACCUAGGGACUAGGCAAGAAGGGCCACUAACGUUGUAGCUCUAUUGAUGAUUGGCCGCCAACGUGGUAGCUCUAUUGAUGAUUGGCUGCACUACUUUCGCUUUGUAAAUCCAUUUACGGAUUUUUUCCUGCUUCCAGCUUUUCUUCCAUGCUAUUCUAUUAGUGUUUGCAAAAUAAACAAAGCUUAGUCCUGAGCGUAUCAAUCACUCAUUAGUUUUAAUUUAUUUUCCCUCUACAGAUCAGACCAAAGUCAUCGUUAUUGUGUGCGUGUUUGUUUUGAUCAUCGCAGUUAUUAUUGCUUUGGUGAUAUGGAGAGAGGGAAUGUAAGUUAAGCUAUCUUUUUAACUUCCAAUAUUAUAGUAGAUUGCUAUGGGUAUCGGAUAAAAAGAGAGAUUAAGUCCCAAGUAUAAUACCAACAUAUAACAAUUAUUCUUUCAAAUCGAGGUGAAUAGCGGCUGAAAUAUAUCUGAGUCGGGUAGCCUGCGAACAGGCUGGGAGGCAGCGAGGUAAAUAUUCCUAAAGCCACUUUUCACCGAUCAGAUUGCUUAAAUCACCAAGAUCACUGAGUGUUUCGAACGUGUUGAAAGGUCUGCAGUGAGGCCCUCGGAGAGAGGUUGCCAAACCGUGCGGUCUUUAAGGAAUAGAAAAGAUUAAGAAACAGACUGCAGAAACCCUGCAUGGAGAAGCCUGGGUAUAACAAACAGAGCGGACGGAUCUUUCUUCGGAAAUUUUGGGUCCCCGCUGAGCAUUAAAUAAACAAUGUCGGUAGUUUCUUGGCGUUUCGGAUGGGUGCCAACGCAAAAUGACUUAUAACAAAAGUUUGAAACUGACACACAUAACAAAAGCGAAACAACAAAGUUUGCGCAACUCCAAGAAACACCAAAACAAUCCAAAGUGAGGACGUGUCGUCCUUUUUCCUUCGUUUUUGUUCUUGUCCUUAUUUUUCUCCCCUGUUUUUUCAUCUUUUCUGCGUAAAUUCCUUGAAGAAUGCUGCCAUUACAAAACAAGCCGUUUUUGGACAAGAAGGGAAACCAUACGUUACAAGAACUAGAGCAAUGAAAGAAUUUAUUUUUUUUCGUCUUUUUAGGCGCUACAUGCGUAAGAGAAAAGUAAUAGUGAGACGGUAAGUUAUUACAAAUUUAGUUAAGUUGAACUUAUAAAACGGCUGGGUAUCAGCUUUGGAACAAGGGGGGGGGGGGCAGUGGUGAGGGCUCUCGCCACCCACCAGUGUCGCCCGGGUUCAUGGUAAGGCGUAGAUGCCAUAUGUGGGUUGAAUUAGUUGUAAGUUCUCUCCUUUGUUCGGAGAGGUUUUUCUGUGUCCGCGGUUUCCCCCCCUUUUCAAAAACAAAUACCUCCAAAUUCCAGUUCGAUCAGGAAAGCACGGACACGUUUUAACGAGUUCUUGAGAACUCCCAAGUGCUUUGUGGUGAAAAAAUAACAGAAAAUCUCAGUUACAAUUACUGUCUUUGUCAUUUUUUCCCAGGUCCAUAAGAAGAAACACAAAAAGGACAGAAGACAGCUCCUCUUCAGAUGAUCGCGAAACAGUGCGCUUCACAAAAUAUCCCACGGAUCAAGAUAGCUUGUAUCUUGAUCACUGCUCUACUAUGACAGAGAUGGCCAGCUCACUGCUGAACCAACGCUCCCUGUGCUCAUCUGGAAUGGAAACAGACCUCUUGGAAACGUUCACGGUGCCUUAUGAUGAGAAAGAUGGUUACACCGUUGUAGAUGGGGACACUGAGAGUUUUUGCGUCAGUAUUGACUUCGGCUUGGAAUCAGACGAUCCAUUUGUUUUUCCCACCGUUGACGAGGCGGCCCGUAAGAAGAGCACACGCACUCAGCGAGGCAAAUCCCGUUCUUUGGUGUCGUCGUGUGGCUCAAAACGCUCUCGGGCGUCCCUACCCGCAAAAUUUGGAUCCCGCAACUACUCGAAAGGAAAUGGUGUUCGCGAAGUUAUAUCAGAUACCCGUUUGUGA